CGGCAUUUUUGGAGAGGGAGGUCCCCGCCUAGCAUAUACAAACACUAAGUCAAGCAUCCUCAGUCGAUCCCACACGCUCAAGUAGUAGCCAGCAGAGAACUGACCUUUUCCCUCCCCAGGAACAGGAAGUGGAAGUGACCUGACAUCGACAUGGCAACAAAGGGAGUCGGCAUGGCUAACAAAGGUCCAUCCUAUGGCAUGAGCCGGCAGGUUCAGGAUAAGAUCGACAGUAAGUACGACCCCGAGCUGGAGCUGAUCCUGGUGGAGUGGAUCAGCCGUCAGUGUGGCUCCGGUGUUGGGAAGCCAGAGGCGGGCAAAAUGGGAUUCCAGUCUUGGCUGAAAGACGGCUGUGUUCUGAGCGAGCUGAUAAACAGCCUGUACACAGCAGACAAACCUGUGAAGAAGAUUCAAAGCUCAACCAUGGCCUUCAAACAGAUGGAGCAGAUCUCACAGUUCCUCAAUGCUGCAGAGAAGUAUGGCGUCACCAAGACUGACAUGUUCCAGACAGUGGACCUUUGGGAAGGUAAGGACCUUGCGGCGGUGCAGAGGACCCUGUCAGCUCUGGGUAGCUUGGCCGUGACUAAGGAUGAAGGCACAUAUAAUGGAGACCCCAACUGGUUCUUCAAAAAAGCGCAGGAGAACAAGCGAGACUUCAGCGAUGACCAACUGAAAGCAGGCAAAAAUGUGAUUGGCCUACAGAUGGGGACCAAUAGGGGAGCCAGUCAGGAGGGCAUGAGUUAUGGAAGACCCCGACAGAUCCUGUAAAUCACUGUGCAACACUUACCAGAAAAAAACCCUUCCACCCCUCACACCUUGUUAGAGCCUGUAAGCUUCAAACUGGUUUUCUUAACUCCCCUUUUAUCAGAAAACCUUCCCUGCAUUAGAGUUUAGUUACUUUUUACAAGUGCCCCCUACCUCCUGACACUGACCCUCUUCAUUUCAUGUAGACGCUUGCACUAGUUUUCACUGCUCAGACCAGAGCUCACAACCCUGAGUCCUUUCCCCUCUAGCUUGGACCAGUACGACAGAAUUUUGUAGUCCUGAUUGAAAAUAGAACUUUGAAAUGACUAAUGCAUUGAUUGGAGGUUAAAACACCAACGUGAUCAUGUGCCAACGUUGAGCUGUUCCUUCCUCAGGAACAGUAUUCCUAUUAGGCUAAAGAAAUACCUGACCAGUUGUAUCUGGCACGUUUCGUCUACCACUUCCCACAAUGCUUUGCCUGCUGUAUCAGUGCCAAUAUUUUUUGUACAUUGUCUUAUUAAAUAAUGACUUUGAAAAACC